AUGGCUUUAUAUUACAAUUUGGUUUUUGCUUUGUUGGUGGUUGAAAUGGCCUUCUUCACGGUCUUGUCAUUACCUUUCCCCAGACGAAUUAGAAGAUCUGUUCUUACAACUUUCUCAGCCCCAUUCCAAAAUGAACAGUUUCAAAUAGCCUUGAAAUGUAUCUUGGGGUUCAUUUUGGUUUUAUUCAUUGAUUCUGUCAACAGAGUUUAUACCGUUACUCUUGAAUUGGGUGCUUCUUCUGCUGCUAACUCUGGUAAUUCCGGUGCUAUUGCUGGUCUUGUCAAUGAUAGAUCUGAAGUGCAAGCUAGAAGAUUCUAUGCUCAAAGAAACAUGUAUCUUUGUGGAUUCACUCUUUUCUUAACUUUGAUCUUAUCUAGAACUUACUCUUUGGUUGCUGAAUUGAUCUUGACCAAGGACAAGUUGGAUAACCUCAAGGCCAAUGAUUCUUUGAAAUCUGGUCCAAAGCAAGAUUCCGCUGAAAUCCAACAAUUGAAACUUGAAUUGGCUAAAAAGGAUGAAGAUUUGGAAAUUUUGAAAGAGCAAGCUGCCUCUUUAUCCAAGGAAUAUGAUUCUGUUUCUACCGGUAUCAAGAGAACUGCUUAA